AUGGAGCCUACGGAAAACGAUGUUGAGCAAAACGAGGAACAAACCCAAGUCGUGGAGGAGGAUGAAGGCGCGCAGAACGGUCUAGAAGAUAGCAGCGAAGAAGAAGAGGAGGGGAGUGAAGAAGAGAGGGCAGUACGCGAAGGAUUUAUUGCCGAUGAAGACGAAGAAGACGCGGAGUCAGAGGAUGAGGAUCGCUCAUCACGAAAAAGAAAACGCAAACAUCGCCAUCGACACAAGCAUUCAGAACGCAAGAAGAGACAUCGAUCUGUUGCCAACGAUGACGAUGAAGACAAUGACCUGGAUGAAGAUGAUUUAGAAUUGCUGGCUGAGAACACUGGAGUUCCUACGCAAAGGAAGGCUAAGAGACGAUUGCGGCGCGCGGGGUCGGUUGCUUCUGAUAACAUCGAUCAAGAUGUUGAAGACGAUUUACACCGGAUUUUCGAUGACGAAGAUGACGGAUUCGAAACUUCUGCUCGCCCUCGUGACACGCUUGGUGGAGAUGAUCUGGAUGAUUUCAUUGAAGAGGACGAAUUCCCAGAGGACGAGCCUUCAAACAUACCAUCAAGAGCCAACAAGAGGAAAGAUAAGCAUGUACGCUCUUCGCAAGGCAACACCGGGCGCCAAAAACAGGCCGGUCGCUUGAUGGGCGAUCUGGCUCCCGAUGUCUCCGAUAUCACAAAAGAGUCCUGGGAUGAAGUCAUUGAAGUUUUCGGUAACGGCGAUGAUUACGGUUGGGCAUUGGAAAUUGAGGAGAAUGCGUAUUUGAAUUUAGAUGGUGACCCAGAUCUAGAGGGCGAGGACAUCCAAGCUAAAAACCCGGCCGUUCAACUGAAAGAUAUUUUUGAACCGAGUGAACUCAAGGAGCGUAUGAUGACCGAGGCCGAUGAAGCAAUUAGACUUCUCGAUAUACCUGAACGCACUCAACUCGCUUCUGCUGGCCUAACAAAUAUCAACUCUACGGAGGCAGUUCUUGGACCAGAAGAGCUGGAGCGCGCCGCCGAAUGGGUUGCGCCACGGAUUUCGCAACGAUGUACUGAAUCUUUCAUCCAGCUCGAUCGACACGGAUUUCCGCCCCUAAUGAAGGAACAUUUCAUACUCGCCGUAAAGGAAGUUUUGGAUUUCUUCCUUACCAAAUACUUUGAAGUCCCUUUCGUUUUCAUGCGCCGGCAAGAUUACAUCACCUACCAUGACCCCAAAGCUCAUGAUGCUCAAAGUCGAGAUAUACAGUUUCUAACCCGUGAAGAACUCUGGAAAGCUCAUACACUCGCCCUGAAAUAUGUUGCUCUGCUUGAGCGUAAAAAGGGUCUCAAGCGACUGUUCGACAAACUGGGGACUGAAGACGAUUACUUCGAAGAAUGCUUUUCAGGCAUCCAAUCUGUUGAAGAAGUUGCCGACCUGAUGCAGUGGCUCACCCUAAAAUAUGGACAUCGAUUGCGUGAAGCACAAGCCGAUGUCCGCGAGGACGCUGAUGCCAUGGCCGACCUCGAUGCUGAGGGUCUCAGUGGACCUGCCAUCGAGGCCAAAAAGGCCGUUAGGUACAAAAAGGCCCUGCGCGAAAGUCGAUACGAACGUGCCAAGAGUACAAAUAUCAAUCACCUAUCCAAAGAAAUCAGCAUCUCUGCUCGUGAACUAACCACCAAUUUUCUGAAUCACGAGAAAAGACAUCAAAAGGACAACCCUCCCUUGCAACCACUCUCGUAUGCUGAAACAUUCUGCGAUCCAGAUACUGAGUUUGAAGAGCCUAAAAAGGUGAUCGAAGCGGCUAAAUUUAUUCUCAGCACCGACAUUGGACGUGACCCGUUACUCAAAAAGCAUGUCCGGCAGUUAUUUCGAGAUCACGGAGUAGUCACUGUCACGCCAACUGAAAGUGGUAUGCACAAGAUCAACGAACUUCAUCCUUAUUUCGUCUUCAAAUAUCUCUGUCAGAAGCCCUUCUCGGCUCUCAAGCACUGCUCUCAAUAUCUUCAGAUCAUGGCCGCUGAAGAAGAGCUGCUAGUCAACGUGCAAGUGCACCUCAGCCCUCAAACUGAUCGCGACAUCAAAACUGAGCUACUCAGCAUGUUCAAGUCUGAUGAUCCUUCUGACGAAUCCGCCCAAUGGAACGAACUUCGGGAAGAGAUUUUGAUGUAUGCGAUUGAGCAUAUGCUACUACCAGAUGCAGCCCGUUGGGCUAAAAACUACUUGAAGGAUGAAGCCGAGGAGUUCGUGGCACAGAAAUGCGCUGAUGAACUGGAGUUUCGCGCAGAUGUAGCUCCCUUCCGUCCAAACCAUCUCUUCGACGGCGAAGUUCCCUCGGUAGUUGCUGUUUCGAACGGAGCAGGUGAUCCAAAGCGUGAUUCUGUUUUUGUGAUCUUCUUGGACCGAGCAGGGCGAUUUCGGGAUCACAUGAAGCUCGAUAACCUGCGUGAUCCUGAUCCACGCCAGGCCUUUGCAGAUUUACUGAAGACUCGUACACCAGACGUCAUUGUCGUUGGCGGAUUCAGCGCAUCGACUUACAGACUAUUGGGAGACGUCAAGAUGGUUUCGGGUGAAUUAUCUGAACGGAUGAAAUCCGAAAUGCAAAACGCACAAGGUCAAUUAACCACUGAGGCCGCCAGUAAGUUGAAUUUUCCGGUUAUCGUCGCCCGAGACGAUACCGCAAGAUUAAACCAGCAAGGUAAACGAGCCGAAGAGGAAUUUGGAGAGCUACCACCUCUUGGAAGAUAUUGCGUCGCCUUGGCCCGAUACGUUCAGAGUCCGUUAAAUGAGUAUGCUGCUGCUGCAUCGGAUUUGACUGCGAUAUCUUUUCACGCCGAUCAACAAUUUCUACCGAAGGAGACUCUUCAGUUGUACUUGGAACGAGCUCUGGUCAACAUCGUCAACGCUGUCGGUGUUGACAUUAACCGCGCUGUAAACGACCCUUAUUACCAAUGUCUCCUCCAGUAUGUGUGUGGGCUUGGGCCACGAAAAGCUCAGAAAUUGAUCAAGUCCAUCAACGCCAGCCCAAAAAUUGAAGGUACCCUCAGCUUGCGGAAUGAAUUGAUUACUGAGAACUUGGUUACCAAAAACAUUUUUUACAAUUGUGCCGGAUUCUUGCGAAUCAAUCAGGAUGAUCUUCGCCCAAAUCGGACGAUCGAUCCGGAUAUCUUAGACGAUACGAGAAUACAUCCUGAAGAUUACGAUGUUGCACGGAAGAUGGCUGCUGAUGCUCAAGAGCUGGAUGAAGAGGAUCUUACCGGACAGCCGCCGUCACAAGUCGUCAGCGAUCUGUUGGCCAGUGACAAUGGCAAUGGAGCGGCGAAGUUGGAUGAUCUGAAUCUAGAUGAUUUUGCUGAAGAGCUUUGUCGUUUGAUGCAACAGAAGAAAAGAUUGACGCUCUAUCAGAUUAGGUCUGAGUUACAAAAUCCUUACCAAGAAACGCGAGCUCAGUUUGAGCCCUUGACGCCCGAUCAGAUGUUUGACCUCUGGACUGGCGAAAAUGAAGCGACACUUUCUCAAGGCACACUCAUACCGGUUAAAAUCACAAGAGUCCGUGAUCGUGGUUUGGCCGUCCGGCUGGAUUCCGGAAUCGAGGGCUUUAUCGACCAGAACUACAUGGUGGACGAAGGGACACCCGAUAUGAGCAAAUUCUCAGUGGGUUCGACAACACAGGCGGUAGUUGUCGAAAUCCACAAGGACCGUUUCUCGGUGGAGCUCAAUUCUCAACCCCACUACGUGGCCGCCAACUCGGGAGGUCGAAAAAAAGUGGAAACCGAUCCAUAUUUUGAUAUGUCUCAGAUGGAAAUAGAUAAAGACCGAGUGGAGACAAAGAAGAAGACGGGCAGUCGCCGGACUCAGAGAGUUAUCAAGCAUCCCAACUUUCACAACUUCAAUGCUGGACAGGCCGAGCAACAUCUUGCAAACUUACAACGAGGAGAUUGUGUGAUCCGGCCUAGCUCUAGGGGUACUGAUCACUUGGCUGUCACAUGGAAGGUGGACACGGGUAUUUACCAACACAUCGACGUAUUGGAGCUUGACAAACCCAACGAGUUCUCACUUGGGAGGAUUUUGAAGAUUGGAGGUCGAUACUCGUAUUCAGAUCUUGACGAGCUGAUUGUCUCUCAUGUUAGGGCGAUGGCACGGAAGGUAGAAGAAAUGAUCCAACACGAAAAAUACAAAGGAAGCUCCGAUGAUAUGUCCAAUUUUUUGAAAACUUACCUGAUGGCCAAUCCCGAUCGGUCCACCUAUGCAUUUUGUAUUGAUAAGGAGGUGGCUGGUAAUUUCUUGAUUGGAUUCAAAGCCAACAAGAAUUCGCCAAUGCAGACAUGGAACGUAAAGGUAUCACCUGGGGCGUAUGAACUUCAUGGCACUCAAGCUGGUGACAUGCUAUCUCUGUGUAAUGCAUUUAAGACCCAAUAUACGGCGCGAGCAGCAGCAGCUACGGCAGCUGGGCAUGGAGGCAGGUCUGAAAUCUAUGGUCGCCAAACACCGUCACUUGCUCCCAACGGACGCACCCCAAUCCACGGUGGUCGCACCCCAAUGCUCACCAACCGCACACCCCUGGUUGGUAGUCGGACUCCACUCGUCACGCCUCGGUACCCAGGCUCUACACCUCAAUAUCCACCUCUACCUGCUGCUGGACAAAGCUAUCAACAACCCGCACCCCCGGGUUAUUCUGCCCCGCCUCCACAGCCACCUGCUCAGGAUUGGGCACCGCCUCGUCAAGGAUAUGUGUAA